GGGGAGGAAAAGAAUUUUUUUAAGAAGGAAAAAGCAAUUAUAAUUAAUUUUUUAAGAAAGGAUUUAAGGGGAGUUUGAAAAGGGGGGGGGGGACAAAAUUAAAGGGAAAAGUUUAAAAGUUCAAAAGGAAAGGAAAAAAACUUUAAAAAGAAAAAUUUCAAGAGGGAGCAAUUUUAUUUUUUUUUUUCCAAGAGAAAAACAAAAUUUGAGGGAGAAAAAAAAAUUAAUAAUCGCGAAGGGUUUGAUCCGGGCGGCGGAGAACAAUACUCGCCGGGAAAGUUGCUGCGCGGCUCGGGAGGGAGCGGCGGGAGGAAAAUGCCGCAGCUGGGCAGCGGCGGCGGGGACGACCUGGGGGCCACCGACGAGAUGCUGGCCUUCAAGGACGAGGGCGAGCAGGAGGAGAAGAUCCCCGAGAACGCCUUUACGGAGCGCGACCUGGCCGACCUCAAGUCCUCGCUGGUGAACGAGUCGGAGGGCAGCGGCAGCCCGGCCGCAGCCGCCGCCGACCCCGAGGCCAUCAGGCGUGUGCAGGAUCCGCAGAGAGUUUAUCAGGAGAAGCUCCCGGACCACAUGGAUGAUGGUAUGAAGCAUCAGGACCCAGGGAUGUAUAAAGGAUCUGCGUAUUCUGGCUACCCGUUCCUAAUGCUUUCAGACCCUUAUCUGCCAAAUGGAUCUAUGUCACCUCUGUCCAACAAAGUUCCUGUCGUGCAGCCAUCCCACGGAGUCCACCCGCUCACCCCGCUCAUCCCGUACAGCAACGACCAUUUCAGCCACGGCUCCCAUUCGCCCCACUUGCCUGCCGACAUCAACCAGAAACAAGGAGUGCACCGUCCUUCCCAGACCUCAGACAUCCCCGGUUUCUACCCCCUCCCUCCCAGUGGAGUCGGACAGAUCACGCCGUCGAUGGGAUGGCAGAGCCAGUCUGUCUAUCCGCUCCCGUCAUGUGGAUUUAGACAGCCGUAUUCGUCAGCGCUUUCUGCUGGGGCUUCUUUCUCCAGGUUCCCUCAUCCACUGAUGCUGGGCUCCGGCAUGCACACCACCGGCAUCCCACACCCCGCCAUCGUGCCCCACUCUGGAAAGCAAGAGAUGGAGCACUAUGACCGAAACAUGAAACCUCAACCAGAACCAAAGAGAGAGAAGGAAGCUAAGAAGCCCACUAUCAAGAAGCCCCUGAACGCUUUCAUGUUGUAUAUGAAAGAAAUGCGGGCAAAAGUCAUUGCCGAGUGCACCCUGAAGGAGAGCGCUGCCAUCAACCAGAUCUUGGGAAGGAGGUGGCACGCGCUGUCCCGGGAGGAGCAGGCCAAGUACUACGAACUGGCUCGCAAGGAACGGCAGCUCCACAUGCAGCUCUACCCCGGCUGGUCUGCCAGGGACAACUACGGGAAAAAGAAGAGACGAACACGGGAGAAACAGCAAGAUUCCAACUCAGAUCCUGCCUCUCCUAAGAAAUGCAGAGCUCGCUUUGGCCUCAACCAACAAACGGACUGGUGCGGCCCGUGCAGGAGGAAAAAGAAGUGCAUUCGGUACUUACAAGGAGAAGGACGCUGUGCCAGCCCAGUUUCUUCCGAUGGAAGUGCUAUAGACUCCCCUCCCUCUCCUCUGGACGCACUCCAAUGCAUCUCCUCUGCUUUCCCUUCAGACAAGCUCGCAGCCCCCGCUGACUCCGCACACAGACAACAGCACGACCCCUUCCCCGACUCCGCUCCCCUCCAAACCGCCACCGGCUCCUCCAGACUGACAACCAGGUGCUCUUCUGCGCCCGCAGAGUCCCCCACGUACCGCGCGGCCUCCACGGGGACAUAGUGCAGGGCGCCCAGCCGGGACACUGGGCACUUCGCUCUCUCCCACCUGGUUUCACUGUCCAUCCAGAAGGACCAAGAGGCCCAUCCCAAAUUCUACAUCUUGCUGUAAAACGUGCAAAGUUAGGCAACAGGAUGGCUUAAGGAUGCUGGAAAACUCAUUUGUUGUUUUGGGGGGUUUUUUUCUUUUGUUUUUUUUGGGGGAAGGGGUUGUUCAAGAUAGAAAAGUGAUUUCAAAAAAAAAAAAAAAAAAAAGGUAAAAAAGCAAAUACUUGCCAAAACGUAAAGUGCUGAUGAGUAAACAAGCCUUUUGUCCCCGCCCUGUGCUGCUUUUUUUUGUUUGGGAUUUUUCUUUUUAACUGCAUUAUCUUCAAGUAUGGCAGAGAGCAGAGAACUCCCCAGCUUGCUGCAGUAGAUGGUAGGUGCUGUCCACCUAACACUGGCUUCCACUCCUGCCCUCCAAGCUGCUUUAGAGCGUAGUCCCGCACUCACAUCUCUCAUAGCCAUUAUAUGACGGAGCUGGAAAAGCUGGAAUAGGAGCAUUUUGAAAACCCCAAUGUCUGAAAAUUAAAUGUAGCAAUGUGAGCUUUCCAAACUGACCAGAUAAUAGAGAAAUCAAAUAUUCAAACCACCGAGGUGAAUUUUUUAAACUUCUUGUCUGAGAACAGGAGGAUAUUGUGUACAGGUAACAGGUCUCUGUGCAGACAUCAGAAUCCUUUUUUCAUGAUUUGGUGUUGAACUUCUUAAAAAACUUAUUCUAGCUUUUAGUAAAAGAUCCUCCCUCCAACCCCAGGAUGAUGCCAAAUGUUAAUGUAUUCUCUCCAGCUUGAGAACAUUUAGCAGUUUCUGGUAUUUUAUUUAUAUUUUGAGAUCAAUAAACAACACUGUAGACAGAUUCUGAUCUCAUGGAACUGAUGUAAACCCCAAAUUAAUCCAAGUUCUUGAUUUACAUCAGGUUUACACACUUCUCACAGAGACCACAAUCUAGUCCAGUGCCCAUUUUUUCCUGCUUGAAAGACACACAUGCUAGUGCUGAAGAGAAAAACAACACCACACAGGGGGAGGGGGGGUCUGGUUUUCCCUACUUUGCAGAAUAGGUUUUACAGAACUGAAUACAAAUUAUGUAGUAAUAUUAUUGUAUAACUGCAAGAAAUUUAAGAUGACCUUUAUAAUGUACAAAAUAUUUUUAUAUUCUUUUCUUAAUGCAAGAACACAAACCCUAAUUUUUUUACAUUGGACUAAACAUAACUUUUUAGACAAGUUUAUGCCUCAAAGGUUGAAAAUUUAAAAAAAAUAUUAAUCUGUAGAGUAGCUUUAUUUCCUUUAUUUAGGUACUUUUGCUUAUAGUAGGGUAGAUUUUUAAUUCCAUUUUUAGUUUUGAAGUUCUAAAGCUAUUGCUUUAUUCCUCUCCUGUGUAAACGUAACUUCAGAAGCACUGAAUGAAAGCUAUGUGCACAAACCUGAAAAGUUUGAAGAGAGUCAUCUGCAAGAAUCAUUUUAACCCUUAGAGAAGUAGCAUUACCUGGACAGACUGCCACCUGUACACUUGGUCAUGUACUUCCUGCACUCAGAGGGUUAAUUAUACAGCAUUGUUAAAUUGUACAUUGUUAAAUUAUUUUAGCAGGGUUAGACAGCAGCAGGCUCCAGUGCUGAACAGAGAACCCAGCAGACUCUUCCUAAAUCUGACACAUUUUUUUUAAAUCAGUUAACUAAAAAAAAAAGAAAGUUUAAAAAAAUAGCUAUGUCUCAGGUAACCAUUCAACACCGAGACCAUCAGAUGUGAGGCGUCAGCGCCACAGAUGACACAUCAGCUGCAGUGGCCCAGUGUAACUCAACAAUUGUGUAAAGCCGGUGUAACUAACACCCGAUUGGUACCUUGCUCCGGAUGAAACAUGUAACUUCGCAGCAAAGCAAAGGCGGGUAUAAGAGAGAAAAACAGAUGUGUCUAGGUAACAGCAGAGGAAAUUUAGGGAAAAGUCCUGAACAGUGUUAAGCGUGUCCCCUGACCGAGGAGCACACAGCGCUGGCAUACACCCGCCGGCCCUCAUUUCAGAAUUCACUGGGAUUUUCAUCCCUUUUUUCAAGGCUGCUUGGUCCCCUCCACGGUGGACACCUGCCGUGGUCAGGGCACACCGACCAGCAGAAGGCCUGUCUGUAUCACAGCGUCCUCUCACCGUUAUUAUUCCAUCCAGUUCCUGCAAAAUCUCGGUGGAACCUGCUGCUUCCUCUGCGGGAGCCGCCCCUCGUACAGCCACAGCACGGACGCAAUUCCACAGCCACAGAGCUGGAGCAAUUACAUCUAUUUUCUGACAUAAUUCCAACCCUGCACGCUGCUCUAUACGUACAGGUUUAGAGCCAGAUCUCACCCUGUGCUUUCAGCUACUGCAGUAUAAACUCUGAAUAUCCACUUGCGAUACUCCAACAUGGUCAGUUUAUACUAGUGUAACUGAGAAAUUUUUUUCCAAAACACACAAGAUAGGAGACCUUUAAGCUGCCCAUUCCCAAGACAAAACAGUGAGCACGACCAGCUUUUGUUACAUGCCUAAUAGCUGAUAAGUGAUACCAAAACAAAGUUACUUUUAUCAAGACCAAAAAAAAAAAUCUUUAGAAAUGGUAUAUGAAGUGUUACUAUUUUAAUACUUUUUUUUAAUAGAAGGAGAACUUUGCCCUUAACUUUUUAUUGCAACAAAAUUUUUUUUAGUUCUUCUACAGCAAUUUCAACUCUUCCUGAAAUACAUAUUUGGAUUCCUGAAAUCAGUUUGAAUGUACAAGUCAUGGAAGUACCACUUCAUUAAACCAAGUAAAACCACUGUAUGUAUGUAGCAGGGAUAAAUGUUUUGCAGCUGUACUUUCAUUUGUCCAAUGACUAUCCAUCAUUUGUUGUAAUUUUUUUUUAUUUCAUUGAUUUUGUAUUUUUUUUGGCUUUUAUGUUCAAAAUAUGUUUAUAGCUUUAUAAAUAAAGUAAUUGCCAGACUGGCUAUUCAAAA